CAAGUAGUAUAACUGAAUCCAGUUCAAUACAUUUAUAAAUCCAAACCAAUAAACUCUUAUUGCAAAAUGUAUUUACAUUACACCAUAUUCAUUAACAUAAUAUCCAUGGUGCAUUUAUGAGCUAUAGGAACUUAUUUUUUACGAGAUUGUAAAGCUAACGGACCCACACAUGCAAUAUAUUUGCCAUGUCUAAUACGGAAUGCCCCUGCGCGGUUUAAUUAAGCGACAGCGGGUCAUUCAUAGGUUACACUGUACUGAAUGCAGUCUAUUAACUAUCAACAGUCAAUGAAUAUAUGUGUCAGUAAGCUCGUGCUAAACGCUGCCUCUCCUUCCCGUUGCAUAGCGAUGUAUUUUUGGCUCUGUCAACGUGAUUUGACACAUCGCUCAAGCUCACAGCUAAUUCACUCUCAACUUCAGCCUUUUGAUAGCCUGCUAAACGUAGCAGGUGGCGAUUGUAUGCGUUAUGUAUUACUUCAGUUAUGAUUUUAACAUUUUUAUUUUAUAAAAUAUACGGAGCAGUUGUUUUAGAAGCUUCACUGGGCAUGUUUGUUGAUGCCAGGACAAAAAAGCUGAACUUGUAAAACGUGUAACCGAGAAUGACUCGAGAGGAGGAGUUACAAGGCUGGGUGGGAGCUGAUGAGUUCUAUAACAAAUAUGAACCAAAGGAGAUCCUCGGGAGAGGGGUGAGCAGUGUUGUGCGUCGCUGCAUUAAUAAGAAAACAAACCAGGACUACGCUGUGAAAAUCAUCGACGUUUCGUCAGAGAAGCUGACCUCCCAGGAGAUAGAGGAGAUCUGCGAUUCCACUGCCAAGGAAAUAGACAUCCUGAAAAAAGUCUACGGACAGAUGAACAUUAUUCAGCUGAACGAUUGCUAUGAGUCGAAAGUCUUCUUUUUCCUGGUGUUUGACUUAAUGAAGAGAGGAGAACUCUUUGACUACCUCACUGAAAAAGUAACCUUAAGCGAGAAGGAAACCAGAAAGAUAAUGCGUGCCCUGCUAGAAGUGGUUCAAUUCCUGCAUUCCCAGGACAUCGUUCACCGGGACCUGAAGCCAGAAAACAUCCUACUGGACGACGACAUGAACAUCAAACUGACUGACUUCGGCUUCUCCUGCCAGCUGGAGCCAGGACAGAAGCUCAAAGAGAUAUGUGGAACCCCAGGGUACCUGGCACCGGAAAUCAUUCAGUGCUCCAUGGAUGAGAACCACCCAGGAUAUGGAAAGGAAGUAGAUCUCUGGAGUUCUGGGGUGAUCAUGUACACCCUGCUGGCUGGGUCCCCCCCGUUCUGGCACAGGAAACAGAUGCUGAUGCUGAGAAUGAUUCUGAGUGGCAGCUAUGACUACAGCUCGCCAGAGUGGGAUGACCGAUCGGACACCGUCAAAGAUCUGAUCUCUCGGUUGCUGGAGGUGAACCCCGAGAAACGAUUCACAGCGACCGAAGCCUUGGCCCAUCCCUUUUUCCAGCAGUACAUCGUACAGGAAGUGCGGCACUUCAGUCCCUACAGGAGGUUCAAGGUCAUCUGCACCACUGUACUUGCUACGGUUCGUAUUUACUCCUCCUAUCGGCGUGUGAGGCCCGCCACCAAGGAGGUCAUAAUGAGAGACCCGUACGCGAUCAAGCCCAUACGCAAGAUGAUUGACGGCUGUGCCUUCAAGAUUUACGGACACUGGGUCAAGAAAGGCCAGGCUCAGAACAGGGCUGCCUUAUUCGAGAACACUGCCAAGGCAAUACUGCUGUCUUUGGCAGCACAGCCAGACUAUUUGUAUUAGUAAAUUAAAGCCAACUAAUAAACCUUUUGUUAAAUGGA